AUGGCAAAAAUUAAACAAAUAAAACCAUCUGAUAGAAAGAAGUUGUAUCCUUACAUGGAUGAAAAGGAACUACCAAACUGGGAUCCGACAUGGUGUUAUCCAGAUGAUGAUGAAAAAAUGAUGAUCGCAGCUUGGGAUUGUUGGGAUAUAAAUCAUAACACCUUCGAAAGAUCAUCAACUACUUCAUUGAUCGAAUCAAGUUCAAAAACUGACAUCCAGAAAUAUUUUGAUCUUACUAAUUGCGACAAUAAACCAAUCACGAAAUUUAAUCAACCCAAAGUGUCAAAGCCUAUUCAGGCGUCUAAUGCUAAAGGUCUCGUUGAUAUGAAAAUAUCUUUUCCCAAAGAUGAUCUUAUUCAUUCCGAUAAUUAUGAAAAAACAUUAAAAUAUAUUGAAACAAGUCAACGAGAAACUUUGAUUAAGUCUGAUGGAGAAAAUCAUCUUCAUAAAUUUUCUGCCAAAAAUGAUACAACUUUAAUUUUCGAAGACUCGAAAUCUUUAAAUUUGACAUCUGCACAUGAGGAAAGUACAAAUCCGAUUAAGGAAAUUUCUAAUCCGUCAAACAAUAUGAUGCAGCAAAUGAAAAUAGUUAAGGAACAUAGAGAAUACGAAUAUAACAAAAAGGAAGAGAACAUUUCCUUUCAAUCUCAACCUGUCAGCGUUUUGAUCGAUUUAAAUGGAUUAGAUGAUUGGCUUAAUAAGACUACUACUUCCAAAAAUAAUCAAUUGGAGCAAAAAUGGUAUCAAACAGAAGCGGAUAAAACAAGAAAAAAUAAUUUUAAUUUGAAUGAUAAGGUUAGUUAUGAAGAUUUGUUGGAAUUUGACUUGUUGAUGCAAAAAUAA